AUGAAUUUUGGUUUCAAUCCACUUGCGAGUUACCUCUCGCAUAAUGGAGUUCAGAGGAAGCCCAUCGAAGAAGAAGGGGGACCAGAAAUAAGCGAUUGGGGCAUUGAAGAGACUACCACAUCAUCCCGACAUACGUCUAUCAGUCAACAUCGAUACCACUCUAUUGCCUCUCCAACAUUAAUCCACGAACCUCAAUUUUCCUUCAAAGACUAUGGUGAUCAUGCCACACAUACCCAUCGGAUUUAUGACACACGGUUCUACUUUCAUGGUCAUAUUACCACUACAUCUGAAAUCUCAUUAUACAUUAAGAAGUAUCUCUCUUUGAAUGGUGUGACUGCAGAAUUCUGGGAUAAGUUUAAAUAUGAUCUUAUAGUAUCGAAUUUCUUGGAUGAUUCAAUGAUUUUAUCAAAAAAUGAACAAUCAUUAAAGGAGUUAUCGACCCAAGUUGCAGACAGCCAUGACGAUGAAGUAGUGACAUAUUCUAAAAAGUUAAACGAUGACGGUACUCGUUUAGUAAUAUCAUCUAUUAAGUAUAAUAUGAAAUUUCCUCAAGGUGGUUACAAUUCAUUUUCAAUAAUUCAAUGUGUCCAUUUUAUAAUCUUAACAUUAAAACUUUUGAUAAAAAGACAAAUUUCUUAUGAUAAUACUUAUAAAAUGUUAAAAAUCAUCCUAAUUAUUUCCACGAGAGCUGUUCAUUCCAUGAGAGUCGCACGUUGUUUACAAAUAUUCAAACUAAAGAAAAAGCUUCAAUUUUUCCUUUUAAAUAACUACAAGAUAAAUAAGCAUUUCAUGACUAAUUUAUUGCAGACCAAAGAGCUUCAAAUGUUUGGGUUUUUGAAUAACUCUUCCAUUAAUAACGACAAGAAGAAUAAUGAUAAUGAAACUAAUAAUAAUAACAAUAAUGAAAAUAAUAAUAAUAAUGACGGUACCAAUAGAAAGAUUGUUGUUGAACAAUCAGAUAUUCUUGACCAUGCUAUAAGUUUAGCUAUUGGUAACAUCACAUGUGGUAUUAAAGAACUCUUACCCCAUAUGAAUGGCCCAAUUUUUGAAAAAUAUUGUUCUGUGAACAAUGUUAAUUGGUGCUCUUUACAAGAAUCUUUAAAUUUAAAAUCAUCCGAUAGUAUGGAAAAUAAUCAUAAUAGCAAUGGCCUAAUUUAUCGAUUAACGCGCAAAUUGUCAAGAUUUAACCAAUUAAGGAAACUCUUUGUCUGUCAAUUACUUACAAUCAAUGAACUACCAUCAAGGAAUUUCUUUCUAAGCCGAGUUUGUGAUGAAUUUUCAAUCAACGACAUUAGAAUAAAGGAGAAUAUGUCUCAAAAGACUUCAAUUUCUGGUAAAUUUGAACUUUUGAAUAAUGUAAUGGGUAAACAAAUCGAAUUUUUGAAGAGUCAUAAUAUAUACUUUGAUACCUUCCAAGAUGGAUAUCGACAGAAUAUUGAUAAUGAAGAUAUUUUACUGUUUAAUGAUAUGAAUUCUUCUAAAGAUAUACCUGUUGCAACUGUCAAUGAUAAUAAUAUUUCCCAAUUAAUUGAAAAAUUAUCAGCCAUUACUACUAAUUUGAAAUAUUUUCAAAAAUAUAACAAUUCAACACAAUCUAUUACUGAUUUUGAUGAACUCAAUGAAAAGCUUUAUAUAUUUAGUCAAUUUGGUGAUGAUAUUGACAUGGUAAAAGAGUUACAUCAAGUCAGUCUUGGUGAUUUCAGUACAAGCCUUCAGUCACGAAUGAAUGGAAAUUCACCAUCAUCGUCUGGAAACUCCUCGAGAAGGAAUUCCAGAGACGGUUCUUCUUUUAAUUUGAAAACUUUCCAUACACCGAAGCCUAAUUCAAUUAAAAAGCGAUAUUCACUUCCUUCUUCAAUUUCAGAAACUCAAAAGAAUUUUAAAAGUCCGAUUUCAAGUCCGGUGGUUCCCCAAAUCCCCAAUUCCCCUGGAAUUAAUAAUAAUCUGGGAAAGAAUGAAAAAAAAUAUAAAAGAUUAUCGGCUGGCUUACCAAUUGGAUUACUAACUGUUUUUGAAGAGCCCAAGGCAAAUCAAAAUGGAAUACAAAGUAAGCGAACCCUGUCUACAUCUACUUCCUCCCCUUCGACCCAAAGAAAAUCUACAGGAGUAGGUAUAACGGUGCAGGACUUGCGGGGUCCAACAGUAUGUUACGACGAUAAUUAUAUCAAUAUACUCCCACCUGCUAGCUACUACAGCGAGUCUUAUAAUCAAGCUGCGCUUGACUCUUUAUCUUCUACGGUCGUCCCAGAUGGGACUCGUAAACUGACCGCUAAGGUAUUUUCCGGAAAUUUUAACAAUCGAUAUUCACUAACCUCCAUGAACUCAAAUGUGAGUGGAAUAUCUGAUUUGAUUGCUUCGACUCAUAUAACAAGCUAUAAUGAGGAAGAGAAAGAUGAGAUGAAAUUAGACGACAGUCCUGAAUUCUAUGGAGAACUCAAUACACAACCACAAUCCACAGAGUUAUCAAAGGAAGCAUUAAAGUUGAAGUUAGAAGAAAGUUUCAACCGAAUUUACAAACUUGAGAGCCAAAAUUCAAUUUUGAAGCAAAAGAAUGCCAAUAUCGAUGACUCCAAGGAGUUAGACGAUUUAGAGGCAGAUAAUAAUAUAUCCGACUCUGAUUUUUUAAGAAAUUUGGAGUCAACCUUACUGCGAAAAGUAGAAGGUUCAUAA